GCGUCCCACGUGGGGCCACGUGGGAGGUCGCGGGCUCGAUUCUUGUGAUCGAUUCGGGGGAGGAUUUUUUCCUGGCACGAUCCUUAGCUUCUCCGGACCCGUCUGUCUAAAUAUAGAUCGAUUAAUAUAGAUCGGGUAAGGUUGAUAAUUGGAUAAGGUUGAUUGGAUAAGGUUGAUUGUGAUUGGAUAAGGUCGAUUGUGAUUGGAUAAGGUUGAUUGUGAUUGGAUAAGGUUGAUUGUGAUUGGAUAAGGUUGAUUGAAAAAAAAAGAAGGGAAAGAAGAAGAAUGAAUAAAUUGAGCGGUCGAUAGUCUAAUCAGGCAAACAUAAGGACAAACGAACAGUUGAUUGAUUAAGCAGUUGAACAGGCAAACAGAUGGAAGUACUCGGAGAGUGAGGGUAGGUGGAUGGAGAGGGGGAGGGGGAGAGAGAGAGAGGGAGAGAGAGAGAGGGAGGGAGAGAGGGAGAAGAAGAAAGGGGGAAUGGCUCCAUGCGUUGAUCUAUGUUAGACGAAGUGGAAGAGGAGGUCUGAAGAAUUUGCCUCUUUUUCGCUUUGAAAAAAGGGGAAGAAAAGAAGGAAUUGGGGAAGACGAGCGGGAUUAAUCAGACGAUCUUUCACUGAAGGUUCAGGGAAAAAGCGCGGGAAAGAGAGCGUGAGUACCCGGAGGGAGGGAGGGAGGGGGGGCGAACCACCGAUGGCGCCAGUCGCCGACUUGACAGAGCGGGAGAAACGACAGUGGGGUAGGGGUUUGGAAGCGCGGGAAGGAUAAUCAAUCAAUGAUUUGAAAGCGCGGGAACGACCAUCUGCCUGUGAUUUGAAAGCGCGGGAAGGAAAAUUAGAGAGGGAGGGAUUCGAAAGAGCGGGGAAUCUAAAUCAGUCCGUCGUUUUUUGCUUGAAAGAGCGGGAAGAAGGACAAGCAGUCGGUGAUUUGAAAGAGCGGGAACGAUAAUCAGUCACUGGUUCAAAAAGCGCGGGAAGGACGAUCAGCGGGGAGUGCAAUCUGGAUCUGUUCCUUUGCGUUGAAGAAGCGAAGGCAACUUAAGCAAGAGGAGAACAAGAAGAGGAGGAGGAGGUUGAGGAAGCGAAAGCAAGAGGGAGAACAAGAAGAGGAGAAGGAGGAGGAGGCGGAGGAGGAGGAGGUAGGAGAAUAUGGAUCAUUUGAAUUUAGAAGAUAUACUUCUGGAGGCUUGGCACAAUAAGAGGCCUAAUUGGGCAGUUCUUGGGCUAUUCCUAGCUGGGCUAGCUCCUCUGUCCUGGGCGGCUUACUCAUGGAUUUCAUCGGUUGGGUACAUCAUCCAGGCUCUGUAUGGAAUGGCUACAGGGUUCGCGAUGGUCGCUCUCUUUCACUUCUACUCGCUUCGAAGAAGCAAACACCGAAGACGAAGGGCGGCAUUUAUUGCAGCUAUGUCCAACCUGAGCAAAAAGGAUUUGGAGAGGUUGUUUCCUCGUGGGUUUCACCAUGCACUGUCAUUCAGCGACAUGGGAUCAGAACAUUGGCUGAACAGGAAUUUGAGAGUGGUUUGGCCUCAUCUAAGCCAGGCUGCGUCAGCACUCGUCAAGAAUACGUUGCAAGGCGCACUCAAUGAUUAUCGGAUCGAGUUCAUCAAGAGCGUUGAGGUGACGACCGUCAGCCUUGGAACCGUUGCCCCCGACUUGAGAGGAGUGAGAUGUGGUGGGCAUCACCCGAGUAUUCCUGGAGAUGAUAUUGUGCUGGAGGCUGAGCUUGAUUGGAGGAGACCAAGGGGAGAGCUCCUUGAGCUCAAGGUCACGCCGGCAGUGGGUCCGGCAAUUAAGAUCCAGGUUAAGAAAAUACAAUUCCAUUGUAUGCUGAAGCUUGUUUUUAAGCCGCUAGUGGAUGAGCUCCCAUGCAUCGGUGCAAUGCUGGUCUCAAUGUCUGACGAGCCUACCGUCAACUACAAGAUCGAGCUUGUAGGGGUUCCUGAUGUCACCUCCUUGCCGGCAUUUGAUAAGAUGAUCGAUGAUUCUAUCAAGUCGGCCAUCGUGGACUCACUUGUCUGGCCUGCAAGGAAAAUUAUUCCGUUCAUGGAUAGAGAUUUCAGCUAUUUGGCCUUGCUGCCAGUAGGCAUUGUGAAUAUCAUUCUCAUCGAGGCAAGAGACAUCAUCCAGGUAGAUGUGAUUAGCAAAUCCGAUCCAUUUGUGGUGAUGUUCAUCCACAAGAAGCAAGGCCUUGUGAAGCGCAGCUCAAGCAAGAAGAAUACACAGAAGCCCUAUUGGAACGAAGGCUUUGAUCUAGAGGUCGAGGAUCCAAACUUCCAAGCUGUGAAUUUCGUGGUGAUGGAUUCGGAGGUGCUCGGGAAGGCUGACUUUUUGGGGGCAGCCGUCUUCCCGCUCACUGAGCUGAAGCCCUUCAAACAGCAAGAUAUCUGGCUAGAGUUGUUUGCUGAUGUCAAGAAUCCCAGGAAGGGUCGGCGAGGCAAAUUGCGUGUCCGCAUGACGUACAAGCCCUUCAAAGAACAAGAACCGUUAUCCCCUCUUUCGGAUGGAGACUCUGUGGAGGUUGGCAGCCAAACAGACGGUGAGUCACUCGGUGGAGAUCUCGGAAGCUCCGGCGUAUCUGAGGAGUUGCGGGCGAGUGCAUGCAGAAACAAUGGCGUUGCUGAGAUAGAAAGCGCUGUCGACAGUUCUCGCCGUCGUCAGGGGCUACUCGUGCCAGAGGGUUCGCCGUCGCUACCCCCUUUGAUGCCCCAAGCCAAGGGAGGACAGCCUCAACAACCUUUGGGCAGUCAGAAUGGGGUGAAUUUGGUGAGGCAUCAUUCUGCAACGUUGCCAGGACAGCCAACAACGCAUAUUGAGGGUGGGGGUGGGCGAGCAGGAGACGGUAAACCCCACGUGAUCCGCAGGAGGAUGCCAUCACUGCCCGCCACCCCCGUUGGGAAGGACAGAUUUGACCUUCAACCCAGCUGGAGUGGGGAGCUGGAGAAAGCCCGGCACAGGAGAUCGAUGGCCUCUGAAUCGCUUGGUGCUGAGGUCAGCUUUCUAGGGACCACCUCGCCGGGGAAACAGCAGCUUGAGCGAAGAGAGGAGGGGUGGUUUUCAUCUAGAGAACAGGACGCCUAUGCUCUGGGUGGAAGUGUGCUGACUUCUCCUGUUGGUUCUUUUCGCCCUCCAACCAACAGGAGAAUUCCGGUACCAGAAAACGGUGACGGAGGGACAGGGCACAAACCAUCUCCUCGAUCUGCGUAUUGGUCGCCUUCAAGACUGCUUUCCUGAUCUGGAUGGAGAGGGCUGCACGAAUGUGGGCGUGUUGUUAACCUAGCAAGGCAACUUGAUCUUGGUCAAUCCGUGUAUUCGUGCACAGCAGAGUAGCGCCAUGCCGUUCGGCUGUCUUCACUCUUAGGAGGAGAGAAGGAAGAAAAGGCAGUAUGUCUGUGCAGAUCGAUCAGUGCGGAGAAAACUAGCGAAUGUUACUCGGGUUGACGAGCCGCUCGACUGUCUCCAUUCUUUUAGGAGGAGAGAAGGAAAAAGAAGGCAGUCUGUCUGUGCAAAUCGAUCAGUGCGAAGGUUGAAGACCCACUCGACGGUCUCGAUUCUUAGGAGCAGAGGGAGGAAAAAAGGCAGUCUGUCUGUGUAAACCGAUCAGUGCGGAGGUUGAAGAGCCACUCGACUGUCUGGAUUCUUAGGAGGAGAGACGGAAAAAGAGGCAGUCUGUCGUUGCAAAUGGACUAACUAGUGGGGAGAAAACUGUUGGUCUAGGAGCUGCUCGGCUGUCUCCAUUCGUAGGAGGACAGAAGGGAAGAAAGGCAGACUGUCUGUGCAAAGCAGAAAACUACUGAAGGCCACUCAGGUUGAUGAGCUGCGUGAUGGCCGACCAUCACACGGUUCAGCGUGCACUUUUGUCUGAUGAAUAGAUCUGGAAAAGGGGCUAGAUGCAAGGCGAAUCCAGCAGAACGGCAAGACAGGUCUGAUGUUGCAUUACGACGUGUGGCUGUUCCAAGGGGGAGGAAGUAGAUGCAGUGCGUAUGCUUCGAUUCGUUUUCUGUGAUUUCAGCGUAUGUGUUGUAGCGCAGAGUGUAAUUUGGCAUGUCAAGACCGCUGCGGUUCCUAGGAGGUUGCCUCUUUUUCAGCGGAGCGUAGUGCAGCUCAUUGCGACUUGCCCUGGGUUAGCAGGAGGCGGGCCCUUGUUCUGUCAGCCGGUCAUAGACGACGACAGUGACGGCCGGGGUUCGCGGGAGGCUGCCCCUUCUUCAGCGGAGCACAAUGCAGCAAACAGAGACCGCCAUGGUAACCAGGAGGCUGGCCCAUUUUCCGUCGGCCGGUCAUAGAUGACCACGGUUUUCUUCCGUCCGCAGGGGUCACAUGGACAUGUGUAGCCGCAGAGGAGGAAAAGCUUGAUGUGUGAUGGAUGCUUGGAGACUUGCAUCACAGUACUCCAGCUUCAACAAGCCAUGUCUGCCUCCAUGUAUCUUUCUACGCAAUGCCAGUCGACAAGCGUAGUUAGUUGCACAAAGUGAGUUCUGUUUUCUUUUGUAGUAAUAAAUACUAAUAACUGAU